UAAGAAUCAAAUAACAGUGUACAUACCUCAUGGCAUUGGAAAUUUGAAGCUCUAAAAGAUUUGCGCUUGUCGAGCAAUCAAUUGUAGGUUCGCUUCCGGAUGGUAUGGGAAACCUUGCAAGUUUAGUUCAAGGGUAAAUUGCUUGAACAUCUCAUUCUAGUGCAUAAUGAUUUCCAGUGUCCCAUUCCAAGUAGUUUGAAAACUCUACAAACUUAAUCAGAGUCCGACAUGAAAUAAAUCAAUUCACUGAAGAUAUCUCCAAAAGCUUUGGGGUUCAUCCACAUUUACAGUACAUGGAUAUAAGCUUUAACAGAAUAUCUGGCAUCUUAUUGUCAUUUUCAGCAUAAUGUCUUAAUUUGGCAAGUAUCAAAUUCCCAUGGAAGUACACCUUCUGAGUUCAGGCAAAUACUAAAACUACAGCUGCUAGACCACUCAUUCCAACCAUCUUGUCAGCAAGAUCGCAAGGGAAUUGAGCAGGUUAUCAUCCAUGUAUUCUGUCAACUCUCAGUAUCAAUGCCACAAGAAUUUGAGGAUUUUUUUUUACUCCGAUGUUUGGACUUGUCAAGGAAUAAUAUUCAUGGAUCAAUAAGAACACAAGUUGGAAAAUUGCAUUGAACUACAUUCCUUGAACUGAGGCAGGAAUAUCUGAGAGGAGACAUCAAAUUUUAAACUGGCAAUUUAAAUUUGAAGGAACCAGUAGACUUGAGCAGCAAUUCAUCCACUGAAUAUGUACAAUGACAACUAAACAAAUUACCAGACUUGUUAGAACUGAUUCUAUCUCACAAAGAGUUUCUAGGCCACAUUCUAUCCUCUUUUCUGUACAUGAUGAGCUUGGUUUUAAAAGAUCUGUCUUACAAUCCUCAACAAGGGUCAAUACCUGAAAGCUAUUUCUUUAAGAAAGCUCUGCUUGCAUGGACCAAUCACAACAAAUGGUUUUGUGGUUGAGUACAAGAGCUGCCUGCGUGCUUUUCCACUCUGAUGAAUAGCAUUGUUUCAAACAAGCGGCCAAAAAUCAUUAUCAUGGUUGUCAUUCCAAAUACAAGUAUUUCCUUUUUUCACUGCUAAUUGUUGCAUUCUCUCUGCUUCAUAACAAGAGGAAGAAACACAAUUCAAUUGAAGUGGGUCAACAGGUUAAUGCACUGAUCUUCUCAAUAUGGAACUUCGAUGGAAAAGCAGAAUAUGAAAAGUCAUAUAGAAUCAAGCAACAGACAAUUGUAAUGAAAAAUUCUGUAUCAGUGUGCUGUGAAAGAAUCAAAUGAAGAAGGCGCCAACACACAAACAACCAGUGAAGAGAGAAAUAACAAGAUGACCUGGCGACGAAGUAGCAGAGCACGUGAGAGAAACAAAAGGCUGAUAGGAUUUUGUAUGGAUGACAGAGUACACAAGGGUAGCACGUGAUGGUAGGUUUCUGUGAUGCUGAGCUGGAAGAGAAGAUAAGAAGGGGAAAAGAAGGACAGAGGAAGGGGGAAGAAGAACAGAGAGAGAUAGGCCUGGUGUUCUGGCGUCGUCGGCGACCAUUCACAUGAGGGAGUCUAUUCCCAAGUUUUCUUAAAUAUUAUUAGUCAUAUUGCAUCUGAUCUACAACUUCCUGAACUCUAAUUACUUCAUCUGGUGUUCUCUUGGCUUGUAUUAGAAUCUCUUGGUUGUAUUUUGAAUCUUUUGGCUUGUAUUUUGAACUCUUGGCUUGUAAUUGGUGUGGAGUUGCUGCUUGUGUUUUCUGAUAAAUUGCAACUUGAUACCAGCCGUGCCUUAUUUUCAGAAAAAACCAUAACAUUUGGUGCUUUUGUUCGGACUCAUGGCAGAGGGGACACGUAUGAAGGACUUAUCUGCUAAGAUUGACAACAUUUUUAGCAUCAUGGAUCAACGAGAGGAGUGUUUUCUUGCUGCAAUGAAUCAACGAGACGCGAAGAACAUCACAGCUGAGCCAGCGGCAUCCUUGCACAUGGAGGUGACGCCAGCUCAUCUUCUUACUGAGGAGACAGCUUGCAACCAAGAAUCUCACGUACCCAUCAAGUCCGUCCGAGUGGAUUUUCCCAAAUUUGAAGGCGAUGAUGUGCUCAACUGGAUUUUCAAGGCCGAACAAUACUUUACAUAUUAUCACAUUCCAGAUCCAGAUCGCUUGGAGUUAGCUUCUAUUCAUUUUGAUGGCCCGGUUGUUCCAUGGUACCAGAUGCUCACCAAAACAUGCAUGGUAUCAACCUGGACAGAAUUGGUUACAGCAUUGGAAGAGGAUUACGGCCCCACUGAUUAUGAGAGCCCAGAAUUUUCACUCUUUCGCAUUACUCAGCAAGAAUCAGUCACAACUUAUUACCAUCAAUUCACAGCUUUAGCUAAUCGAGUGAAUGGGGUGUCUUCUAAAGCAUUGAUAGCUUGUUUCAUUGGCGGCCUGAAAGAGGAUAUUCAGCGAGAUAUUAUUCCACUGAAACCUCUAACCCUUCCUAAGGCUGCUUCUUUGGCUCGAUUGUAUGAAAAAAAAAUAUACUGCUACUUUACCUGCUAAGAGGAUUGCUUAUUCUCCUGAUAUCAGUUCACUGGAAACUCCGGGUAAAGUCAGUACAGCAGUAACAAGACCUCUACAUCAUUCUCCUGCUGGUUCCAUUAAUAAUGGGACACAUUCUACUAAUUCACAACCAUUUCGACGAAUUAGCUUUCAGGAAAUGCAGGUAAGAAAAGCAAAGGGUUUGUGCUUUAACUGUGACGAAAAAUUCACACCCUCUCACAGAUGUGUCUCCAGGCGAUUGUUAUUGUUACAAUGGGACACUGAACCACCUGAGGAUUUGGAUCCAGGUGAUGCUGAUUUUAUAGUGGAUCUGGAUAGCUCUCAGAUUAAAGAAGAAGCAACUCAAAAAUUGGCCUUAAAUGCUAUGAAUUCUGCCACUCUUUCUGGCAUCUUGAGAUUUAGUGGCACUAUAAAAGGGCAUCCAGUUAACAUUCUUUUGGAUGGAGGCAGCGAUGACAAUUUUAUACAACCUCGUAUUGCUCAGCUCCUACACUUGGAUGUUCAACCUACAAGCUCAAUUAAGGUCAUGGUUGGCAAUGGUCAUGCUCUUCAAGUGGAAGGAUAUAUUCCUGAUCUAUCAAUUCUUGUUCAAGGAAAUUCCAUCACAUUGCCUGUCUAUGUUUUGCCAAUCGCGGGUGCAGAAAUCAUAUUGGGUGCAGCGUGGUUAGCCACUUUGGGCCACCAUAUGGUGGACUAUAAUGCCAAAUUUAUUCAGUUCCAUUCUGAUAUGAUAUUUAUUAAACUACAAGGGGAAACAAAUUCAACACCUCAUGUUACUUUACUCAAUCAGUUGCAGAGAUUACAUACCACCAAUUCCAUAGCAGAAUACUAUAUUGUCCAUGAGGAGGGAAGGGAUCAACCUCCAUGAUCUCCACAUACAUUGGGUGUUCCACAAAUCAAUGCCAUAUUACCGGAUUUUCCAGACCAGAUGCCUGAUGCUUUACAAGCUUUAUUAUUGAAGUAUCAAUUAGUUUUUACUAUACCUACUGGCCUUCCUCUUUCAAGGCAAUGUGACCACAGAAUUGAGUUGUUUCCCAAUGCCCAACCAGUCAAAGUAAAACCUUACCGGUAUCCUCAUAGUCAGAAAUCGGAAAUUGAAUCCCAAGUGCAGACAAUGUUGACUGAAGGAUUGAUUGAAGGCAGUACAAGUCCUUUCUCUUCGCCGAUAUUACUUGUCAAAAAGAAGGAUGGGUCUUGGCGUUUUUGCACUGAUUAUAAAGCCUUAAACGCAAUCACCGUGAAAGAUGCUUUUCCUAUUCCAGCGGUGGAUGAACUUCUUGAUGAAUUGGGUGGCGCAAAGAUUUUUUCUAAAUUGGAUUUGAGGUCCGGUUACCAUCAGGUCUUACUACAUCCAGAUGACAGAUACAAGACUGCUUUCCGCACUCACCAUGGCCAUUUUCAAUGGCUUGUGAUGCCCUUUGGGUUAUCAAAUGCCCCCGCCACUUUUCAAGCAUUGAUGAAUAAUAUAUUCAAGUUUGCUAUGAGGAGGUAUGUACUCAUUUUUUUUUGAUGAUAUCUUAAUUUAUAGCAUAGACUGGGAUACUCACUUACAGCAUUUAGAGAUGGUUCUACAAACUCUGCAACAACACCAAUUAUAUGCUAAAUUGAGUAAGUGCAGUUUUGGGUUACUCCAAAUAGAUUAUUUGGGUCAUGUGGUAUCUGCCAAUGGAGUACAGAUGGAACCAUCCAAAAUUGCUACUAUCCUUAAUUGGCCCACACCAGUUAAUGUGAAACUGUUACGGGGAUUUCUAGGCAUCACUGGUUAUUAUCCCAGGUUCAUUCAUCAUUAUGCUAAUCUUGCUCAUCCCUUAACUGAAUUACUCAUGAAGGAAAAUUUUCAUUGGUCCACUGAAGCUCAACUGGCUUUUGAGAAAUUGAAAUCCGUAAUGGUAACUGCACCAGUCUUGCAAUUACCUGAUUUUUCCAAACCUUUUGUACUUGAAACUGAUGCUUCAGGUAUUGGCAUUGGAGCCAUUUUGAGCCAACAAAGUCAUCCUAUUGCAUACUUUUCAAAGAAAUUGUCUCCAAGGAUGCAACAACAAUUAGCUUAUGUGAGAGAGCUUUUUGCAGUAACUGAGGCAGUCACUAAAUUUAGACAUUAUCUUCUGGGUCAUCCAUUUAUUAUCAAGACCGACCAGCAAGCUUUAAAGCAUUUGUGUCAACAAACAAUUCAGACACCCGAACAGUAGCGUUGGCUACCGAAAUUGCUGGGCUAUGACUUUACAAUUGAAUAUAAACCCGGCAAAGAAAAUAUAGGAGUUGAUGCUUUAUCCCGAAAUUUUCUCUUGGCUCUUUCAACGAUGCAUUGCAAUCUAUGGCCGCAGAUAAGGGUACUGCAACAUCAGGAUCACUUUUGUUCAACGAAAAUUACAGACUUGCAGAAUGGUACUCUUCUUGACACUAAAUUCACCUACAGACACAAUCUCUUAUGGAAGCAGAAUAGAAUUGUGAUUCCAAAGGAUGCUUCCAUUAAAUCACAGUUACUGUAUGAAUAUCACAGCACACCAAUUGGGGGACAUGCAGGCUUUCUAAGAACGUAUGCCAGACUAGCUCUUCAGUUCUAUUGGCCAGGAAUGUUCCAAAUGUUAAAGCCUUUGUUCGACACUGUACUAUUUGCCAACAGGCCAAAUCAGCCCAUACUCACCCAGCCGGUUUACUGCAACCUUUGCCAAUCCCACAACAGAUUUGGGAAGACAUCUCUUUUGAUUUUAUCACAUCUUUACCAGCAUCAAAGGGGUUUACAGUCAUCUUUGUUAUAGUGGACAGAUUAUCCAAGUUUGGUCAUUUUGUUCCUCUCAAAUCAGAUUUUUCCAGCACAAGUGUAGCAGAAGCAUUUAUCAAAAAUGUCGUUAAGCUCCAUGGCAUCCCAACAACAAUUGUCAGUGAUAGGGAUAAAAUUUUUCUCAGCCAAUUUUGGAAGCACUUAUUCAAAGCCAUGGGUACAACCUUAGCAAUGUCAUCAGCAUAUCACCCAUAAU